UUUUUUAGUACAAAGAAAUAGGCGCGCCGCUCCUGUCAGUAUAACCUCCUAAUUGUGCUUCACGGGCCUCUUUACUCCACUGAAGAGCGGGAUGCACCGUGCACGGCACCCUCCUCCUGAUCAUUCCUCCGAGGUCUGGCCCUGCUGUCCUCCGCCUUACCUGUGCCUUCUUGAGGAAGAGAUGCCGGCCAUCGUUCUUUUGAUACCCACACAGGGCCCAUAAGGAUUUGUAGAUCUUCGCGGCCCUAACAACAAUAACAAUCCAAGAUAAUCACAACAAUUAAGGACAAGAUUAAGACAAGUUGAUCCAUGGUCGUGCGUGAAGCUGUGCCUCGGUCCUCGGACCGUCUGCCGCCGUUGCCGCUCACCGCACCGCCACUGGUAGUGAUGGUGGUGGACCGGUGGUGGUGGUGUGAACAGUAAACAGUACACACCAGUGCCCUGCUGGUGUCCACCUCCACGCUCCACCCUUCACCUGUCCCUUCCUCAACAAGUGUGGACAAGACGAGUAGCAGUGGUGUAGCCUGUGAUUGCCGCGCGGGAAAUGGGAAGGCGUGAGUCAGCACCAGCGGGCCAGCGGCACGUCAGCCAAGGCCUCCACAGAGAAGCACCAACACUCACUCACCGAGGCGAGCAGUCUCACGGGAAGACUGCCACUGCCAACCAACCCAGCCCAGCCUACCCAGCGUCCAGUCUGCCGCCGCCACCCACUGACGGCUGCCUGCCCUUCCCUGCAGGACUGGCCAUGGUGUGUGCUGGUGAGAGUGGUGGAGGCUGUGAGGCCAGGCAGUAGCAUGGGUAGCCAGUGGCAGCAGCAGCAGCAGCACUCAGCCUCAGGUUUGGGGAGGCACAGGCAUGGUGGCCAGGAUCACCAGGAGACAGGCAGCUCUGGCCACACAGGACAGAGCAGGUUUGAGUGCCAGCAGUGUGACAAAACUUUUACCACCAAACAAGGCCUCACCAGACACACACUGAUACACAGUGGUGUUAGGAAUUAUGAGUGUGGUGACUGUGGGAAGAAAUUUACUACUAAGUCUAACCUCACCACACACAGCCUGAUACACAGUGGUGUUAGGAAUUAUGAGUGUGGUGAGUGUGGCAGAAAAUUUACUCUAAAGUCUCACCUCACCACACACAGCCUGACACACAGUGGUGUUAGGAAUUAUGAAUGUGGUGAGUGUGGGAAGAAAUUUACUACUAAGUCUAACCUCACCGCACACAGCCUGACUCAUAAUGGUGUUAGGAAUUAUGAGUGUGGCGAGUGUGGGAAGAAAUUUACCAAAAGGUCUAACCUUACCACACACAGCCUGACACAUAGUGGUGUUAGGAAUUAUGAGUGUGGUGAGUGUGGGAAGAAAUUUAACCUAAAGGGUAACUUCACCAGACACAGCCUGACACACAGUGGUGUUAAGAAUUAUGAGUGUGGUGAGUGUGGGAAGAAAUUUACCCAAAAGGGUAACCUCACCAUGCACAGCCUGACUCACAAUAGUGUUAGGAAUUAUGAGUGUGGUGAGUGUGGGAAGAAAUUUACCAAAAAGUAUAACCUCACCGCACACAGCCUGACACACAGUGGUGUUAGGAAUUAUGAGUGUGGUGAAUGUGGGAAGAAAUUUACUACUAAGUCUAACCUCACCGCACACAGCCUGACACACAGUGGUGUAAAGAAUUAUGAGUGUGGUGAGUGUGGGAGGAAAUUUACUGAAAAGUCUACUCUCACCAGACACAGCUUGACACACAGUGGUGUUAGGAAUUAUGAGUGUGAUGAGUGUGGCAAAAGAUUUCCUACCAUUUCUUAUCUUAAUCAACACACCUUCAGACACACUGGGUUGAGGGAAUUCAAGUGUGAUGACUGUGGCAAGUGUUUCAAGACAAAGGGUGAUAUUACCAGACAUGUGAAGGUCCACUUUUGAGGUGGUGUGUUGUGUGGGUGGAUGGGGCCACGCCACAGAUGUGCCUGUGGUGGUGGCUGUGUCUGUGUGUGCUGCGAGGGAGUAAUGAGAGCAGAGUUGUUCUGUGUGAGGGAGUGACGGCUGCAGCAGUUGUUUUGUUGGUGGCGCAGGUGUGCCUUUCAAUAAAUGUGUGUGUGUGUGUGUAACAUGGUG